GGUUUGUACUUAUAAGAAACCAGAUCGUGACUACAACUCAGUUACUAAAUCUUUAACCACAAUGUGGGAAUUUAAGGCGAUGCUGUUGGUGUGACGUAUAAUGUAGUGGACGGAACUCUUCUUUCAACAGCAACAACAGUUUGUCAGCCACCUCGGUAGCUUGCUAGACAAAAUAGCCGAACCAAAACAUCUCUUUAGAUGCGUUCAUGUAGCCAUUGUGUUUUAACCCCACUUCGGUCGUCUAGUUAGUUAUCCCAUUCACUUUCAUAUUUACGGUUUUGUUGUUAUUGGUCAGCUAUCGGGCUGGUUAAAUUAGCAUUAGCAUUAGCCUAGUUAGCUAACAACUCCGACCAUGAGUUCACUAAGCUACUCUCCUCCUGCUAAAGAUGAGGUCAGCUGGACGGAGAAAGAGGAGGGGUUUGUUACAAUACAAAAACAAGUAGAAGGUGAGGCUGUUACCGUCAAAGAAGAAGAGAAAGACGUUUCAGUGAAAGAGGAGGAGGAAGAGGAGGCUGUCACAAUACAAAAACAAGUAGAGGGUGUUACAGUGAAAGAAGAGAAAGACGUUUCAGUGAAAGAAGAGGAAGACGCGUUCAGAGUGAAAGAGGGGGAGGAUGUUACAGUUAAAGAAGAGGAGGAAGAGAAAGAGGAGGAUGCAGUUUUUGGAGUGAAAGAGGGGAAGAUGACUGUCACAUCGAAAGAAGAGGAGGAAACUGGAUAUCUGGGCCCGGUUUCCCAAAGGCAACUUAAGGCGUCCAAUGGUUCUAAUGAUGAACUUAGUCAUAAGAUGGUUUUGAGAAACCGUUCCCUGAUUAACACUAGAGAGAGACUUGACUAUCGUUGAUCCUCUGGAGAGCCUCAACAACAUCAUGAAGCUGACGAGACAGAGAAGAGUCUCUCCCCAUCAGAACUCCUCAAGAAACACCAGCGGAAACCCACAGGAAAGAAACCUCACUGCUGCUCUGACUGUGGGAAGAGAUUCACCUCUUCAGCAGACCUCAAAAGACAUCAGAGAAUCCAUACAGGAGAGAAACCUUAUAGCUGUGAUCAAUGUGGAAAGAGUUUUACACAUUCAAGUAAUCUGAAAG